AUGGCCUCGUCAUCUGCCUCUCCACCCAUCUCCUUCACGAGGCUGAAGCAAAUAGCAAACGAUGCUUGCCAAAAUGCUCUAGGGGCCACCGAAUACUACGAGCACAACAAGACCGAGGCCUGGAAUACCACAAUAAUUAAUUCUAUCCUCCGCUCCUUGAUAUCCGAAUCAUCUCCUACCGGCGGGACCCCAUCGUUCAAGUAUGCAGUCAACAGCACCAUCAUCCAACACCUCGUCCCAACCUCGACCCUGAACAAAUCGAAAGCAAUCCCAGAGCCAUCGGUGAAGACAGAAGAGAGCGAUGCGAGGAUCUCAACGAGCGAUAUGAAGACUGAGGCUACCGGAACCGAUGGCAAACCCCACGUCGGCAGGAGAGGAAUGCAUAGUGCGGCGGGGGCAUACUGGAACGAGAAGACAGAUGGCAUGUGGAGCUUUAAAUAUGAGGGAGGGGAGAGCAAAGGUUUGGAUGUUGUUAUUAGUGUGAUUUGGAUCGCGAUAUAA